AGCGUGUCCCAAUCUCCACCUGCGCCUAAAACCCUAGCUCGCAUGGCGCCCAAGAAGCGAAAGGCGGAUCCGGCCCAGUCCGCCGCCCUCGCCGCCGCCGCCUCCGACCCCGCCGCCACCAACCACCAGCAGGACCUCCCGUCCCCCGACCUCAAGCCCCGCGGCACCAUCUACUUCCCCAUCGCCGACGACCCCCCGGAGCCCGCCGCCGAGGCCGCCGACGACGACGACGGCGCCGACGGGGACGACAAGGAGGACGUCGCCAAGAUGCUCGAGCCGCUCUCCCGGGAGCAGCUCGUCGACCUGCUCCGCGCGGCCGCCGAGGCCAGCCCCGCCACCAUGGCCGCCGUGCGCCUCGCGGCCGAGGCCGACCCCGCCAGCCGGAAGCUCUUCGUGCACGGCCUCGGCUGGGGCGCCGGCGCCGAGGACCUCCGCUCCGCCUUCUCCCGCUUCGGGGACCUCGAGGACUGCCGCGUCAUCUGCGACAAGCAGUCGGGCAAAUCCAAGGGCUACGGCUUCGUCCUCUUCCGCUCCCGCGGCGCCGCCAAGCGCGCCCUCCGCCGCCCCCAGCUCCAAAUCGGCGGCCGCCUCGCCUUCUGCCACCUCGCCGCCUCCGGCCCUGCUCCCCCGUCCGCGCAGGCCCAGAACCCUAGCUCCAAUUCCAACGCCAACACCAGCUCCGGUACCACCAACGCCGCCCCCGCUUCCUCCUCCUCCUCACAGGCCGACAACAUGCAGCGCAAGAUCUUUGUUGGCAACGUGCACGCCGAUGUCGAUGUCGACCGCCUCUACGAGUACUUCUCCCAGUUCGGUGAGAUCGAGGAGGGGCCAUUGGGUUUUGACAAGAGCACUGGCAGGCCCAAGGGGUUCGCGCUCUUCGUCUACAAGCAUGUGGACAGUGCCCGGCGUGCCCUGGAGGACCCGAACAAGAGUUUCGAUGGCAAGGUGCUCAAUGUGCAGAAGGCAAUAGAUGGGAGGUCAAAGACGCCUGGGUCCAACUCAAAUGCUAAUCCUAGCGCCACCGCCGCUUCUGCGCAAAUGACCGCGCCUGCAAUUGCCACCAUCAAUCCAUAUGAUCCUGCAUCGGUGUACGGUGCUACUUCUGUUCAUGACAUGGGCUUCGCGCAGCAAGCUGCCAUGCUGGGGCUUGGUGCGCAGCAGCAAGCAUUUGCGCAGCCCAAUACUGCAAUGCUUGCCAUGAUGGCAGCCGCGAUGCAGAACCCAGCCAUGCUUGCGGCGCUGAAUCCGGCGUUUGCUGCUAUGGGUGCUGGGGGGCAGCACACUGGCAUUCCUGGUUUUGGAGCUCAAGGUUUUGGGACACAGGGGUUCGGAGCUGCUGGCGUCAAUUUCCCAACUGCAGCAGGUCUCCAGGGAGCUGCAUCAUAUCAGGGAGGCCCUCCUGGUUUCCAGGGGACGCCUGGGUUCCCAACUUCUGCUGGGUUUCAGGUUGGCCAAGCCGCUACCCAAGCGGCGGGUACUACUGCAGCCGCUGCUGGUGCUGCUGGUUAUCAGGCUGGGGCUGCUGGGCAGGGCCAAGUGCCCAGUUCGCAGACUGGCUUUCAGGGUGGCUAUUGACAGCACUAGGCGCAACCCAGAGAACGCGCAUGCAGCUUCUUUGAGCUUAGGAAAUUUUCAUGGAAGGAUAUUGCUUCAGAUACUUUGUUUCUGAUAGGAGGGUCCUCCUCCUAUACAAAAGCUUAGCUGGUAUUUUGUCUGUUGUCCUUUCUCCCAAGAAACUCCAGUUUGGUGGUUCAGCUGGAUUUUUACACUGCAAAUAUAUAGCAAAAAAAGGUGAAGCCAAUACUGUAUGCCAAUUGUGGUACUCAGAAACGUCUGCUGAAAUUCAGUUCCGCCAUCCAUUAUCCGCUCAAAUUGGUGAAUCACUGCAGUACAAGACAGGGAAGUUCUGAUAAUACGUCCAGAACGGUAGGUGGAUCAGACAAAUUGGGGAUGAUGAUCCGGACACGAACGUUUAUGAGCUGAUUUCAAAAGUGUAGCUCACGGAAGAACAAAGGGAUCAUAUUCCCUGAUUUCCUGUUCGCCCACUAAUCUUCCCCACUUUAUUGGUAA